AUGGCGGCUGUACUUGAUCAUGAUGCUAAAGCGUCGUUGCCUGCAUGUCCGCGGUUCAGUGGUGAAGGUAUAUCAGCUGAUGAACCGGCGAAAAGUGUCGAGCUCUUUUUGAAGAAGUUAUCCACCUAUCUGCAGAUGAAAGGCCUUCGUAAACCUGCUCCUGAUGCCGAUGAAGCUGCACAGCAUCAGUAUAGCAUGAAGGCGGCUGGCAUUUUGAAAAUAGCACUUGAAGGGCGAGCGGCCCAGCUAGUGUACUCCCUACCCGAAGCCCUUCAGGAUGACUAUGAUGGAUUGGCUACUGCUCUACGAUCUGCCUUUGGGCUAGGGCGCCUUGGAGCCUGGAAAGCUUUCUGCCGGCGUCAAAUGAAGACCAGCGAACUCACUGAUUCCUUCCUAGCAGAUCUAAGGGCAUUACUUGAUAUAAGCCAUCCCACUAUGCAAACUGCUGCUAAGGAAGCGCUGCUGAGAUCACAGUUCAUAGCUGGCCUACCGGCUAAUACAGCUGCCCGUACCCUAGCCAUUGCUAAGUCCGAGGAUCUUCAGGUCUCUCUUCUAAGCCUUCUUGGUUUGGUCAAAGAUCACCUUAGAGCGUCGAAGUUUGACGAUGUACCCCCCGAGACCCUAGGUGCAGCCGGGUUGCCGUGGCAACCCAGUAGACUUGGGAAGGGCCGUAAAGGUGCUGGACGUGGUGGUAAAGGCAAAGGUCGUGGCCCUCAUAAAGAUUCGUCACAGUCCUUCCCACCUAGAGUCUGCUGGAACUGCCAUGAAUCUGGACAUUUAAAAGCUCAAUGUCCACAACUCGUCAAAUCUAUAACACUUGCUGGCACUUUAAACCCGACAGGGGGCCACAGCCAGCAGUAG